UCUCUUGGUGACCUUCCCUCCCGCUGCGACGUGAGAUUGGGGGGGAGGGGGCGGCGGGAGUCCGGAAGGCUUGCCCACGAGGGGCCCGGACGGGCGUUCUCUGGCCUUUGACGGCUCCCUGGAGACGAACGGAGCCAGGGGACCCGGGCAGACCCCUCCCUGGGUGAAAAGCUCUGCCACCUGGGCAGGGACGCCGGACAGCGGGACGAGAGCGUGCAGAGGAAAAUUCCAGAGAGGAGUGAUAGAAAACAGGAAUUACACGGCUUGUCCCCGCGCUCAGAAAGUGGAGCCCAAAGGAGGGAAAGUGUUGGAUGAAGGCUUGUCUGGUUGCUAUUGGAGACCAGACCUGCCCUCCUGAGUGUACCAGUGAUGCGGAAGAGGCGGUACAUGCAGUGACUUUUCCCUACUUGGAGAUUGUUCAACCUGCCAAUAAUGUAACCCAUCACUUGGAAGGACUGAGCCAUGCAAAGCCAUUAAGUUGCCUAUAACAGCCCUUGCAUUAGGAAGAAGCACUACAGACCAAAUAACACGUGAAACUAUUUAAAUCUUUUGACUGAAGCUCAAACUCUUGUUCCAUGACGACUUCUCCCACAAUGUUUUAUGGAUCUCCUACCAUGUCUCCACCUAGCAAAAGCAAACUAAAGCGUCAGAGUCGCCUGCUUUCCCACAUGCUGUCCCGAACGCUGAGCUAUAAGGACCGAAGCUCUGAUUCUACUUUUCCCAACUUGGGUGCCAGUGAUGACCCUGCAGAGCUUUCCACACAACUUUCUGCUCCAGGUGUCCUAAAGGUGUUUGGGGACAAUGUCUGUACAGGUGCCCAUUACAAGAGUGUCCUGGCCACGGCUAGCUCUAGUGCUCAGGAGCUGGUAAAGGAAGCACUGGAGCGUUAUGCUUUGAAUGCAGUGUCAGCCAGCCAGUAUGUGCUGUGUGAUGUGGUGGGGCGAUUUGGAGGCUUAGGACAGCAAUGGCAGGCAGAAGGCCUUCGAGUCCUACGGGAUAAUGAGAAGCCCCUUUUGAUCCAGGAUCUGUGGAAGCCCCGAGAAGGCUUCUCUCGGAGGUUUGAGUUGAGAAAGAGAUCAGAGGUGGAAGAAUUGGCUGCCAGGGAUGUGGACACUAUCACAGCAGGGAUCAAUGCUCAGGCAAGGAAACUCCAGAAGAAUCGUGCAAAGGGUGCUACAACACUGACAGCUGGAUGUAAACGAAAUUCUACUCCACCCACACUUCGGCGCACAGUUAGUGAAACCAGCUUGAACCACACCAGUGCUCAAGAAGAGGAGCCAAAGGGGCAUUAUCCCACCUUGCUAGACCCCAGCCAAAGCCCAGAGGAUCCACGCAAAGAGCUUCCAGACCCUGUUUUGGAGAGAAAUAACAGUAGCAGUAUGAGAUACUCACUUUACCAGUCCCCACACCUUCUCCUCCUUCAGGGAUAUAGUCAGCAACAUGAUAGCUUAGUGUAUGUGCUCAACCGUGAACAGCACACAGUGGGCCAGAGAACUCCCUCUAGCAAGCCCAGCAUCAGCCUUUCAGCCCCAGACAUUCUGCCCCUUCACUGUACCAUCCGUCGGCUCCACCUCUCCAGCCAUUCGAGACACUCCCAAGCAGAAGAGAAGCUUAUUCUUGAGCCAAUUCCUGGGGCUAGUAUAUCUAUCAACUUCUCAGAAGUGGGAAAGACUAUGGUCCUUCACCACGGAGACCUACUCUCCUUGGGGCUUUACUACCUGCUGCUGUAUAAGGAUCCUGCACGAGCCCACACUCUCCCUGCCCAAACCUUGGCACGGCUCAAAGCUGUUCCCCGAACAUCAGACCCUAUCACUUGUAAAAUGUGUGGAUCAGUGCUCAGGGGCAGAACGCCUUCCUCAUCCAAGAAGCAUGGAGCUCUGCCUAGUCAGAAGAACCCUCGACGAAGGCUUCAUCUGGAGUUUGAACCGGCUGUAGAAGAUGUUCUGGUGAAGAGGAUCAUGACAUUGAUUGAGCCAGGGGGUGAUGACCAUAAGCUGACACCUGCUUUCCUAUUCUGCCUCUGCAUUCAACAUUCUGCCACCAACUUUGAGCCAGGCGAAUUUGGGCAACUGUUGCUUAAACUGGCCAAACUGAUACAGAGGACAGUCUGGGAAAAAACCAAAGAACUAGCCGAAAAACAGUCUCAGCACCAGGAUCCUAUCUCUCUUUCCCGCCUCACCAUUGCUGACCUACUGCCAGACCUCCAGUAUAUUCUCUUCUGGAUGUCUAAUUCCAUUGAGCUCCUUUACUUUGUCCAGCAGAAAUCUCCACUCUAUAUCCAGAGCAUGGAAGAGGAGCUGGAUGUCAGAGGUUCUAAGGAAUCACUGUUCUCUUCAACGAUCACAGCCAGUGAGGAAGCCAUGACAGUUUUAGAGGAGGUGAUCAUGUACACAUUCCAGCAGUGUGUGUAUUACAUCUCUAAGAUCCUGUGUGUGGUGCUAGGAUUCAAGAAAAAAGAAGGAAAUCAUCCCAGUUCUCAAGGAUUUUACAGAUCUCUCUAUGUCUCUCUGCCCAUUCUGCUGGAGUGUAUCCCUUUCCAGAAUGAGAGCCGAGAAAGCUGGUGCUCAGUCCCACAACUGCCCGAGGAGCUUCGACGUAUCGUGUCCAUCUAUCAGGCCACCUUGGACCUCCUCCAGCAGUAUGAGGUUCACCCCGAGAUUGCCUCCCAGAUGUUUGCCUACCUCUUUUUCUUCUCUAAUACACUACUCUUCAACCAGCUCCUAGAUAAAGGACCUACACUGAGUUGCUUCCACUGGCCAAAAGGGGUACAAGUUUGUGCUCGCUUACGGCAGCUCUUGGAAUGGGCACAGAGUAUGGGCUUUGGGCCACUGGCAGAGCAAUUCUUCAAGAAGCUUUCCUGCACAGUAAACCUUUUGGCCACACCCAGUGCCCAGCUGAUACAGAUGACUUGGUCAUCUUUAAGGACUCAGUUUCCAGAAUUGAGCCCUGCUCAGCUGCAUCGGUUGUUGACUCAAUACCAGCUAGCAUCUGACAUUGGUUCUGUGACUGCUUGGGAGCCUUUAAAUGAAGAUAGACCCAAAGCCUUCAAGACAGAGGAUGUCCUAGAAUCUUAUGAUAAUCACCCACCCAUUGUUCUGCCAAGUGGAGGGUUCAAGGUAGACUUGGAGGUAGAAUGUUUGGAUGAUAAUAUUUACCGGCACCUUCUUUACAUCCGCCACUUCCUGUGGAGCCUACAGAGCAAAUCCUCCCAUGCUAGAGGUCCUGAACCAGAAAAUCUAAAGGGUUUGCAUCACACUAUUCCUGAAGGGAACUCAGAGAGUCCAAAUAGUCUAGUAACUUCCAAGGAUGCUGGGGACCACCUGGAUUUAAAGCAUUCGGUGGGCACAGUGGCCAGGGCAGUUGGAGAGGCCAAAACCCUGUCUGUCCCUACCAGCGGGGUUUCCCGAGCCCAGUCCCCUGGUAGAACCCCUCUUCUGGAGAAGCUAAAGCCCCAGAACAGCAUGGGCAGGAGUAGUUCUAAGAUGAACACAUCUCAAGGGGAUUCUUCCUGUCUGUUGACCCCUCCCAAUACACCACUCAACUUUGAACCCAGAAGUCAGGAUUCUCUCCAGCCCAGUGGCAGCUGUGAAAAACCCCUGCAUGAGCUGAAGAGGAAUGGCCUUACUGCUCAGAUCGCGGCACAGGAAGGAGAUUCUCCCACCCCCUUUGAUUAUCCUACCCCUGCUUCCUCCAGCCGCAGUUCAGCUACUGAUGACUUCUGUUAUGCCUUUGUGGUGGAAUUGGAAAAAGGACCUAUUGGGCUGGGGAUGGGUCUGAUAGAUGGGCUGCACACUCCUCUGAAUGCUCCUGGGAUCUACAUACGGACCUUGAUCCAAGACAGUCCAGCGGCCUCUGAUGGGAGACUUUCCUUAGGAGAUCGGAUUCUCGCAGUGAAUGGCACCAGUUUGAUUGGCACUGAUUAUCAGAGUGCUGUGGACUUGAUCCGAUCUGGGGGAAAGAAGCUACGGUUUCUGGUUGCCAAAUCAGAUAUAGAGAUAACUAAGAAAAUCAGCUCAAGCGCCUCUCCUUCCUAAGGUUUUUGUUCUAGAACUGCUCUACAUAUCUGCCUACCUGUAUCAAGGCUUUGUCAGGCAGGUUCUGCUUGAUAAUGCUCCUAGAAAGUAGGAAUCCAGCGUUAUGACAGUUUGGGUAUCUGCUUUUCAUGUUGCAUUAUUUACUCAGUAUUACACCAUGCAGAAGAAAUCACAGUAUAUGAAAAAAAAAAAAAAAAAAAAAAAAACAGGGC